GCCACUCACACACACAUAAACUGCUCUUGGCUCCCUUACUUUCACACACACAUUUAAAACCCACAAACUCAGACGAGGCUCUCAGUUGGUCCACUUUUCUGUUGUGCUGUGGAGCCUGACAUUUUUGCCCUCAUGGAGGAUUAUCACAAACCCGACCAGCAGACAGUGCAGGUGCUGAGGAACAUAGCCAACCGCCUCCGGAUCAACUCCAUCAAGGCAACGACUGCAGCGGGCAGCGGACACCCCACAUCAUGUUGCAGUGUGGCAGAAAUCAUGUCCGUGCUUUUCUUCCACACCAUGAAGUAUCGCCCCGACGAUCCCAGGAACUUCAACAACGACCGUUUCAUCCUGUCCAAGGGUCACGCUGCUCCGGCCCUCUACUCCAUGUGGGUUGAAACAGGUUUCCUGAAGGAGGCCGAGCUGCUCAGCUUGUGCCAGGUUGACUCUACCCUGGAGGGCCACCCAACCCCAAAGCAGCAGUUUGUGGAUGUAGCCACUGGAUCCUUGGGGCAGGGUCUGGGUGUGGCCUGUGGAAUGGCUUACACCGGGAAAUAUUUUGACAGGUCCAGUUACCGUGUGUUCUGCCUGCUGGGGGAUGGUGAGAUGUCUGAGGGAUCUGUCUGGGAGGCCAUGUCAUUCGCUUCUCACUACAAGCUGGACAACCUGGUGGCCAUCCUUGACAUCAACCGGCUGGGCCAAAGUGACGCUGCUCCCCUGCAGCAUCACGUGGAUAAAUAUCAGAAACGCUGUGAAGCUUUCGGUUGGCAUUCUAUAAUCGUGGAUGGACACAGCGUGGAGGAGCUGUGCAAGGCUCUGAGCCAGCCGCGCCAUCAACCCACUGCUAUCAUCGCUAAAACCAUCAAGGGCAAAGGCAUUCCAGCUGCAGAAGACAAGUUAGGCUGGCACGCCAAACCUCUGCCCAAAGACAUGGCUGAUAUGGUUAUGAAGGAUCUGCAGAGUCGCAUCAUGAACAGCAGCAAGCACUUGUACCCACCUUCUCCCAUGGAGGACUCCCCACCGGUCAGCCUGAGAAACAUGAGGAUGCCGAGCGCACCGACCUACAAGGCUGGAGAGAAGAUUGCAACACGGAAAGCGUAUGGGAUGGCUCUGACCAAGCUGGGCCGCUACAAUGAGCGUUUCGUGGUCCUGGAUGGAGACACCAACAACCUCACCUACUCAGAGAUCUUCAAGAACGAGUAUCCCAACCGCUUCGUCGAGUGCUACAUCGCACAGCAGAACAUGGUCAGUGUUGCCAUGGGAUGCGCUGCCCGCGAGAGGAAUGUUGUGUUCGCCAGUACUCUUGCCUCCUUUUUUACCCGUGCCUAUGACCAGCUGCGCAUGGCAGCCAUCUCGGAAAGCAACAUCAACCUGUGUGGCUCCCACUGUGGCCUCUCCACUGGCGAGGAGGGUCCGUCUCUGAUGGGUCUGGAGGACAUGGCUAUGUUCAGGGCCCUUCCCACAGCGACCAUUUUCUACCCGUGUGACGGUGUCUCUACGGAGAAGGCUGUGGAAUUGGCUGCAACCACAAAGGGUGUUUGCUACAUCCGCACCAGCCGCCAAGACAGUGCCAUCAUCUAUAACAGCAACGAGGACUUCCAUGUCGGACAGGCAAAGGUGGUGCACCAGAACAAAGAUGACCAGGUGACUGUGGUGGCAGCUGGAGUGACUUUGCAUGAGGCGCUGGCAGCGGCUGAACAUCUGAAGAAAGAGAGGAUCUCAGUGAGGGUUAUUGAUCCGUUCACAAUCAAACCGCUGGAUGCCAAAACCAUCAUCGAUCACACACGUGCCACCAGGGGACGAGUCCUCACUGUAGAGGACCACUACUAUGAAGGCGGCCUCGGUGAGGCAGUGUGCUCAGCCAUGGUCAAUGAGUCCGGCUUCAACCUGCAACGUCUGGCUGUGUCCCAUGUUCCCCGCAGUGGCAAACCACAGGAGCUCCUCAAGAUCUAUGGUAUCGACCGUGACGCCAUCGCCCAGGCCGUCCGCAAAAUGCUCAGCAGCUCCACCAACGCCAAGUAACCCCAUUCCCCUUGCCCCGCCCACCUACCUACCUGAUCACACCCCUGCAGAUGAAAGUAUGAUUUUGAUUUACACGACAUCCAUCUCUAAAGAACCCUUCACCAUGAAUGCCCUCCCAAGUGUGUACUAAAGUAAUGUGAUUUUGUGCUGUACACUUUGAAGUAGAUUUCCACAUGUACCUUUCUUAAAUGCAUCCAUCACAUACAAAAUACAAUCAGACAUAUUCACGUUGACUUGUUAAAUCAGCACUGUCAUGAAUCCAAAACGUGGCCAUAAUUCACUCGUCCAACAAAACAACACAUGUCCCCUCAUGUGUACUGAUGAAAUACUCUUCAUUCAGCUGGAAAUGUGUUUUUUUAUAUUGUUCUGAUGUAGCUUUGAUAAUACUGGGUGGGGCGUAGUUUUAAAGUAGGUGUUUUUCAUGACAACGGUGUGGGAGAGAAUCAAACCGAGUUGCUGUUUGUAGAAGGUAGUGGAGAAAAAUAUUUAAAAAAGAACAAAUGUAGUUAGGCCAUGAAGAGCAGUCACGUCCAAACUUCGACAUCUUCACCCAAUUUCCCCACUUUUAUGGAUUUGAAAUCAUUUCUCGCCAGCACAUCUCUUUGUUUUUUUAUUUCAGAGUUACUAUUUUAACACACACACCUCAUGUGUUCAUUUGUGCUACAGCUGUACAUCUGGACCAUACCAGCAGUGUGAUAGUAAUAAUCGGUGUGUGGUCAGUGACAUCGCCUCUUACAUAAAGGUGGAGGGUUGAACAUCCCUCCAGUGCUGAUGGAGAAUAUGGUCCUGGCUUUUGACUAUGAAGGUAAUGUUAUGUCUGACUUGUGAAUCAAUCAAGACCAAACACUCUUUUUGUUACUUGACAUUUUGUAUGUAUCUUACAUUCAUGUAAUAAAGCCAUCUGCAUUUGA